GUACGUAGUACGUACAUACUACGGCCAUCUUGAAGUCCAGUCGUACUUGCGCCGUCCGCGCUUCCUGGCGUCAGUGUCCAGUGACAGAAUCCUGGUGAGAAGCGAAGCAAAGCGGAGAGAUGUCCCUCGACCCUCAGACAUCAGUUGGCUCUGGAUCGUAAAUCGGGUACGCGUUCGGCUGGACAGGAACGCCAUAUGUUCUAGGAAAACGAGAAAGGUGUUAAUAAUACGGACUCGAUGGAUCGGCCGUCUUCCUCGGCGCGGGCUUGAGACCUUUCGGGAGAAGUGCGUCGAACGCGUAGAAAAAGAAAGACAAAGCCUUCGUCCAGUGAUUGUGGAUGUGGAGCGGAUUAGGUGGAAACACCUCGAAUCCAACAAUAACGAGACAGUCUCCCGGGCGGAAAAGGUCGGGACACGGCUCGCCAGCGAUCAAUUGCGUUUCCCUGUUUUGUUUUUCCUAUCCGCGCCUCCUCCAGCGCGACGAAUGACGGACUGCGCUGUUUGAACCGUCGCGAGGAUCAUGUGAAGAGGCGGAGGACGCAUUUCCGCCUGGUCGCAGGUAAACGCUAGACGGCCGGACAAUGGACCCCAUGUUCCUGCCCUAUUCCUCAGUCAACGGAGUCCCCCAAGAGUCGAAACUGGCGACGUACAUGAAAAGACAAAAUGAAAGUCUUCCUGUGGCAGCCUCAUUAACGAAAAAUCUCUCUACUUUAAGCUUGAACGACUCGUUGCCUUCCUCACUUAAAAAGGUUGUACCUGGUUCCACUGAAUUCAUACCAAGGAGUUCUCCUUCACUUAACAGUGUUACAUAUUCAUCGACAUCACCGUUGACAGUCACAUCACAUAUCAAUUCAUCACCAACUCCUACAGCACCAACAUACCAGGAGUAUGUCGGUGGAACUACAUAUUUUUACUCCGCUCCUGAAGCGACUACUGUUGCAAACAGUGGAGUUGGAUCUAGCAUUGUACAAACGAUUGGAAGCACAAACUCGACUGGCGUACCAAUUGUUGGGGGUGGAGGUGGAGGCGGAGAAGACGAACAGCAUCUCCACCAUCACAGGGCAUCAAUAACUCUCAGACAGCCUUCAGUCACAAUGUUUCCAGGUACUCCGAGUCAUGCUAAAACGGCCAUGGCCAAACUUCACCAGCAGGUGGUCGGAAGUGGAGCAGGCUCAUCAAGCAGUCAGACACCUGAUGAUACGGUCCUUUCUUCAGCAUCGUACUUUGUCUCAAAUCAGCUUCGAAUGGAAAUACAGCAUAAAAACAAUCUUACACUGGCAACACCGGAUCCAACAUUGUACCCUGAUCUACCGUUAGAAGUAGACAACUAUCACGAACUUGUCCCAUUAGAACAGCUACCAGCUGUGCCGAAGCCUCACCUCAUUCCAUAUUCAACAUCUACUUACAAAGCUACUCAUAUUAAAACCGGUGUAAGGUAUUGUCUCAGGAGGGUUCAUGGAUUCCGUUUGCCGAAUUCAAAAUGCAUGGUUCUUGUGGAUAUGUGGAAGAAUCUAAGUCAUUCUAAUAUUGUCCAGUUGCGGGAGGUUUUUACAACAAAGGCUUUUGGUGAUCAAUCAAUAAUCUUUGUUUAUGAUUAUCAUCCGGAUUCUGAAACUCUAUUAGCAAGACAUUUUUCCAACUCGGAUUCUCUAAACGGUUACAGUGAUUCAUUUUCUUCAAAUCCAAAUGCUCCUCGGCCUUACUCUCACAGUAAAAAUCAUUUACUGAGGCAGCAACAUACAAACGGAAUGCUUUCUGAAACUACAAUUUGGAGCUAUGUAAUCCAACUAACUGGAGCUAUGGCAGUUGUUCAUGCUCUUGGUCUAGCAUGCAGAUGCAUUGAUCCUUCAAAGGUUCUCCAUACAGGAAGGUCACGUCUACGGCUUAGCUCUCCAGGCAUAAUGGAUGUUGUCACUUUUGAUGGAUCUCUCUCAAAUCCCCUUAGUUUAAUUCCACAUUAUCAGCAAGAAGAUUUGACGGCUUUGGGAAAAUUGGUACUUGCUCUCGCCUGCAGAUCACUGAUUGCCGUCCAGCGAGAAAACCUCCAAACUUCUUUAGACCUGAUGUCGAGAACUUACUCUACUGAUUUGAGAAAUUUAGUGAUUUACCUGUUAUCUUCAAAAACAAUGAGGAGUGUCGUUGAUUUAAUGCCAAUUAUAGGCGCACGGUAUUACUCUCAGCUGGAUACAGUACAAUACCACAAUGAUAUUCUUAACACUGAAAUGGCGAAAGAAAUGGAAAAUGGCCGGCUUUGUCGCCUACUUGUGAAACUAGGGACAAUCAAUGAAAGGCCAGAGUUGAAUAUGGACCCAGCUUGGUCUGAAACUGGUGAUAGGUACAUGUUAAAACUGUUUAGGGACCAUGUAUUUCACCAAGUCACAGAGGAUGGAAGGCCUUUUCUUGAUAUGGCCCAUGUUGUUCAUUGUCUUAACAAACUGGAUGCAGGCACUCAGGAAAAGGUCUGCUUAAUGUCAAGGGAUGAACAGAGUGUUCUUGUAGUGACUUAUGCUGAACUUAAACAUUGCUUGGAACAGUCGUUUGCUGAAAUUGUGGCUAGUUCUGGUGUCCAUAAAGCACUUGACUGAAUUUAAAAGUGGAAAAAAAAGAAAAAAGAAGAGGGGAUGGAAUUGAGUUGGCAAAGAAGGGUUGGUGAAAUGAUGAAGAAAGGCAAAAUCACAAUGAGUCAGACUAGUACUUAACCUCCUGGGUUUUUAUACAAAAACAAUAAACACAAAAUUUCAAAGAAACAAAACUACAAACAAAAAAUCAUACAGGGAAGCGCCAGGAGUGAAGCCCUCCAUCCGACCGUCCAACAUUUUUAUAAAAAGCAAUAAAGUGGUUUUAAAUGGAAUCAAGAGAUCAAAUGUCAAGUCGGAUGGGAAUCUCUUUAUUCAAUAUCUCUUCUCAAACAAAAACAAAAAAAUAUAUAUAUAGAUAUCUAUAUAUAUAUAUAUAUAAAUAUAUAUCUGUGUGUCUGUGUCUGCAUGUAUUGUUUAUACACACAAGAACAAAACAAGUGUGUACAAUUUUCUCAUAAAAACAUAAUUGGAUUUUUUUUUAAUUUUUUGUACUUAGGCAUUGCUCAGGUUUUUUCCCCUGCCACUAUUACCACAAUUUAAAUUUAUCUUUU